AUGAACUUCAAGACUUGCUUCGCUGUCCUCCUCGCUGCUGUCAUCGCCACCGUCGCCACUGCUGAGGACCCUCUCUACUGCCAGGCGACGGGCUGCCCGAGCCUCUACCCUGAAGCUAACUUGGCCUUGAGCAGGGAAUGCCGUAACCAGGGUAAAGUGGGCGAUGAUUUCCACACGUGCUGCACGGAUAAGUGUGGCGAGAAAUCCUCGUAG